AUGUCCAGAGCUUCAUCCAAACACGCGAAGAGAAAGAAGGAAGACGACGUCGUGGUUCCGCAGCCCCCGGCCAAAUCCCCCCAAAUCCGCUUCCUGAGCCCGUCUCUCGUCCAGCUGGAGAUCCCGGCCGACGCCAACACCAGCCUCCCGGUGUGGGACGCCAUGAGAUCCCAGCAGGUGGACGUGGCCUGGACCGUGAACCCUUACAGCGUCGCCGUGCAUUUCACCCCCCGGACCUCGGAGCAAGGCAGGAGUCCAACGUCCACACGGACCGAAGGCGCCGCCGCCACCGCCACGCCUCCUUCCGGGGUCCUGCAGCCCCAGACGGUCGUCCGCGGCGCCGCCCGGCUCUCCCGCGUCCCGCUCAUCCCUUCUUCCCAAAGCUGCAGCCAACUGCUCACGAACCCGCCGCCGGCCGCCUCCCCGACCGACAAAUGUCUGCAACCCGCCAUCCGGACCGCCACCCCCACCAAGCCGCCGCCGCCGCCGGCCCCCUCCCCGUUCCACACGAAGAGCUCCGCCGACGUCGAGGUCUGCGACGACUUCCUCCUGGGUCUGUGUGGCGCGGGGCUGAACUGCAGGAAGCACCACACCCCGUACCCGUUCUACUGGCAGCUGUGGGACGCGGUCGGCCUCCGGUGGGCCGACGCGCCCCCCCGCUCCCAGGUGGCGCUGGAGAGGAGCUACUGCAACGUCCAUCAAGACACCAUCGGCGUCCGGGACGGCGAUCACCUCUGCAGUCUGGACUUUGACUCCAUGGAGAUCGCCGACUCCUUCAAGUACACCAAAUUUCGACGGCUCGCGAACUCCGACAGUCCGCUCAAGAACCCGCACUUUCCCUGCAAAUGGAGAAUCUGCUGGUGGAACGGAGAGGGCUGGGAGGAGUACGGCCGGGACGUGUCCGCCUCGCUGCUGCUGCAGAUGAGCCUGAAGGAGCCCGAGUGUUUCUUCCAUGUCGGCUCGCGAGUUUACGGGGUGGACUUCACCCACAUGGUACAGACCAACGUCGACACGUGGUUCCACCGCAGCGUCCGCCGCAGACCCUUCUACCGCUCGCCCGACUCCAUGCGGCCUCACCUGCAGACAGGAAUCCUGAGCGAGCCGGUCGGCGAUCCUCCCGAGGACAACUUCGGCGUGGACCCCCUGGAGGAGUUCCCCUCCUGGUACCCUCCCGUGUGGCGUCUGGACCCGGAGCGGGACUUCAGCUUGGUGGACGUUCCGGCCGGCACACCGGCCUACCGGAGCGUCCAGAGCUUCUUCUACGAGAGCCUGCCCGAGACCACGGUGGACGUCGUCGGCAUCCGGCAGGUCCAGAACCUCCUCCACUGGGACAAGUACCAAAGGCACAAGGCGUACAUGCAGAAGCGGCACGACGGGUCUCGGGGUCCUCUGGAGCGCCAUCUCUUCCACGGCACGACCGAGGAGCCGGCGGAGGACAUCUGCCACAACAACUUCGACCCGCGCAUGGCCGGCGUCCACGGCUCCGCCGGCUUCGGCUCCUACUUCGCCCCGUCCGCCUCCUUCGCCAACAACUACUCGGCCAAGUCGGGGCCCGGCGGGGUCCGCCGCAUGUUCCUGGCCAAGGUGCUGGUGGGGAGGGUGGUCUCGGGGAGCCCCCGGGACCACCGGCCGCCGCCGCUCGACCCCAAGACGAGCCGGUUCCUCCUCUACGACACCUGCGUGGACGACGUCGACGACCCCACCAUGUUUGUCGUUUUCGACAGCUGCCAGUGCUACCCGUACUACCUCGUCGAGUUCAAGGACCUGCCCACGGAGGUUGAUAUCUGAGGAAGGAAGGGGGAGGAGCCAAGAGUCAAUUGUUCAGACGACCCGGGAAUGUUUAUCGGAUGUUAUGAGACGCUACGUUCGCGCGAGCAGGCGGUGCAAACCCUCCAAAAGCACGUUAUUUUUUUCAAAAGUUAUAUAUUUUUUUAUUUUGGUUAUUCAAACAUUUUACAGCGAUGGAAAAAGUACUUUUUGUUUCCUCUGAAUCAAAUGACAUCUCGUCACAUUCACCGAAUUCGCUCGUCUCUGUAUUCUCAACAUGAUGAAACAUCUUUGAUCCCCCCGUUGUCAUACUUUAAUCUGUUAAAAUAAAAACGUAUCAACAUGU